AUGUCCAACACCAUAACAGAGGAAGGAUCGAUGACUGCGGUUACUGCGGCGUCUCAUAUGCCAUUGUUGGACUAUUCUGGGGAAGGACAGCGUGAGCAAACUCAAUCUCCAGAAAGUCCUCUCACUAACAUCCCCUCUAUGAUUCAAGACCUGAUGGAAUUCUACUGUUGCGAGAGACAAACUUCGCCAAAUUAUCUGGUCCUCCUUCACAUUGCUUCCUUUGGGAAACAAGGUUCUGGGCUAGGUUCGGAUGAAAGUCAUGUGGCCAUGCUGACGGCAAAAAUCUUCGACAUUCAAGAACGCUCGGUAGGUCUCUACUUGUACAGUCAUUUGGCACGGACCAUUUUAUUUGAGCAGAAAGUGGUUUCCCAUAAAUGCCGAAAGUGUAUGUUUAUUUAG